AUGCAGCCAGAAGACUUCCAAAGAAAUUAUUCACCUAGACAAAAUGGACGGGUGUACCUGCUGUAUGAAAUCAGGUGGAGAAGCGGUUCCAUCUGGAGGAACUGGUGCUCAAACAAUCCUGAACAACAUGCUGAAGUCAACUUCCUGGAAAAUCAUUUCAAUGACAGGCCACAAACUCCUUGCUCCAUCACCUGGUUCCUUUCAGCUAGUCCCUGUGGAAACUGCUGCAGAAGGAUUCUGGAGUUCCUGAGGUCACACCCUAACGUAACCUUGGUAAUUUGUGCAGCCAAGCUGUUCAGGCACCUCGAUAUCCGGAACCGACGAGGCCUCCGCAGCCUGAUGAUGAAUGGAGUCGCUAUACGUAUCAUGAACCUUGAAGAUUACAGGUACUGCUGGAGAAAUUUUGUUGCACACCAACCUGGACAAGAUGAUUAUUGGCCCCAGAACGUCACUUUAUACUUCAUUUUGAAUAGCAUAGAACUCUUACAUAUCUUUUUGGAGCUUCCUCCGUUUCUGGCAAACUGAAUGCUAACAAGCCUCACCACCAUGCUUUCAAGCUCAGUUUGUGCAUCAAUACAAGACCAGAAAAGCCAGUUGCUGGCAGUCUUUUCUUCUGCAGCCUUGCUAACUUUCUUGCUGCCACCAGAGCAGCAAGAAAGUUAGCUUAUCACUGUCUCUU